AAGACAGUCAACGUAGGAUCGGAUAGGAUUAAGGUAACGCUCCCUUAAGAGACGCUCUCACGAAACUGCCGCUCGGGAUGCCGGCUCUCCAACUUUCGCCCCCUAGAGAGACAGCCCGCUCGAGCUGGAUCACGUGACCAGCACAUCCGGUCAUUGUGGGCGGGAAUAGGAUGUUCUCUCAAGCGGCAAGGAGGCGUUGCGGGUUGGUUUCAGUGACUUUGAAAAUGGUGUGUUUGGUCUCGAGGCGAUGAGCUGCCGGAGCUGACAGACGUGGUGCUUUAGGUGGGGCCGUCAACGUCUCUCCCGCCCCCUGGUCGAGAAGCAAGUGGCUGCCGUCUAAGGAGAAGUGGCGCUGAAGAAAAGGAAUCUGAGUUAACGGUGAGGCCUGGGCAAGCGCCUUUUCGGGGACAGUGAUGUUCGGAUGGCACCGAAGGAGCCAGUGUAGGUGUGCAGCACCCUUUCCGAGGCGAUCCUAGUUAAUGGGAGGUGAUCGGUCCAUCUUCCAUCUCUUUCUUUCUGUCUGAGUCGUUGCGCUCCCAAGUCCCCAUGGCCUUUGAGAGACACGACCUGUGAGGGGAAACAUAUGUUGAGCCCUGGAGUUUACAGAUUUUGGAGACAGCUGAUUCUGGAAUAGUUUUGGGGUCCGUUAUUGCCCACCGCCCGGAAAUAUUACUUGGCGGAAUAGCAGCAAGGAAGUCGCCCCUUGGCGACAGAUCCUCUUGGGCAGAGUGAAACUUAAUGGAGGUGCUUUGGAGAAUAAGUCAACCCUCUUGUCUCUAUGACUGCUCUUCAAGUACUGGAAGACAGCUAUCAUGUCACAGAACCAGAAGUGGACUCAGAAUUCCAAGCCUGGCUUCACUAGUACAGUAUAGAAUUAUGUAGAAUAUGAUGGCGGAUGUGGGAUCCAAGAAGUGCUAUUAAAACAAAUAUAAAAAUAAGUAUAUAAUAAAGUUAAAAGUGUCAUGAGGAAAUUUGCAUAUUGCAAGGUGGUCCUGGCCACUUCAUUGGUUUGGGUCCUUUUGGAUAUGUUUAUGUUACUUUACUUCAGUGAAUGCAAUAAAUGUGAUGAAAAAAAAGAGCGGGGACUUCCACCAGGAGAUGUUCCAGAAUCAGUGCAAAAACCUCAUGAAGGUCCAGGAGAAAUGGGGAAACCUGUUGCCAUUGCUAAAGAAGACCAAGAGAAAAUGAAGGAAAUGUUUAAAAUCAACCAGUUUAAUUUAAUGGCCAGUGAAAUUAUUGCACUCAACAGAUCUUUACCUGAUGUUAGGCUGGAAGGCUGUAAGACAAAAAUGUAUCCUGAUAAUCUUCCUACAACAAGUGUUGUAAUUGUUUUUCAUAAUGAAGCUUGGAGUACUCUCUUGAGAACUGUUCAUAGUGUAAUAAACAGAUCACCAAGACAUAUGCUGGAAGAAAUUAUCCUGGUAGAUGAUGCUAGUGAAAGAGACUUCUUGAAGAGACCAUUGGAGAACUAUGUGAAAAAAUUACGAAUACCAGUGUAUGUGAUUCGAAUGGAGCAGCGUUCUGGACUCAUCAGAGCCAGAUUGAAAGGAGCUGCUGCCUCUAAAGGCCAAGUCAUUACCUUUUUAGAUGCUCAUUGUGAAUGCACUCUAGGUUGGCUUGAGCCUCUGUUAGCACGGAUUAAAGCUAACAGGAAAACUGUAGUUUGUCCUAUCAUUGAUGUAAUCAGUGAUGACACAUUUGAAUAUAUGGCAGGCUCUGAUAUGACUUAUGGAGGAUUCAACUGGAAGUUAAAUUUCCGAUGGUAUCCUGUUCCUCAGAGAGAAAUGGAUAGAAGGAAAGGUGAUCGGACUCUUCCAGUUAGGACACCUACAAUGGCAGGAGGCCUCUUUUCCAUAGACAGAGAUUAUUUUCAAGAAAUUGGAACAUAUGAUGCUGGAAUGGAUAUAUGGGGAGGAGAAAACCUAGAGAUUUCAUUCAGAAUUUGGCAAUGUGGAGGAACUUUGGAAAUAGUGACAUGUUCACAUGUGGGACAUGUUUUUCGAAAAGCCACUCCUUACACUUUUCCAGGAGGCACUGGACAGAUUAUUAAUAAAAAUAAUAGGCGACUUGCAGAAGUUUGGAUGGAUGAAUUCAAAAAUUUUUUUUACAUAAUUUCUCCAGGGGUUACAAAGGUGGAUUAUGGAGACAUUUCUUCACGACUUGGACUAAGACAGAAGCUACAAUGCAAACCUUUUUCCUGGUAUUUAGAGAAUGUUUAUCCUGAUUCCCAAAUACCACGACACUAUUUCUCUUUGGGAGAGAUAAGAAAUGCGGAAACAAAUCAGUGUCUAGAUAAUAUGGCACGAAAAGAAAAUGAAAAAGUUGGAAUUUUUAAUUGCCAUGGAAUGGGUGGUAAUCAGGUUUUCUCAUACACAGCUAACAAGGAGAUCCGAACAGAUGAUUUGUGCUUAGAUGUCUCCAAGCUUAAUGGCCCAGUCAUAAUGCUCAAAUGCCAUCACUUAAAAGGCAAUCAGCUUUGGGAGUAUGAUCCAGUGAAAUUAAUCCUGUUGCAUGUGAACAGUAACCAAUGCCUGGAUAAAGCCACUGAAGAAGACAGCCAAGUGCCCAGUAUCAAGGACUGUAAUGGUAGCCGUUCACAGCAAUGGCUUCUUCGUAAUGUCACCCUUCCAGAAAUCUUCUGAAGACAAGGAUUGUCUUCAGUCUAAGACAAGUCUAAGACCAAGUCUAAGACAAGGAUUGACUGGACUACCUCAGCGAGUGCAUUUGCUAUAUUAUGUACCAAGCAAAGGCUGCAAAUUGUUUGAUCACUGGAACAAUCAGUUCUAAAGUUCUGAGAGCUGUGAACCAGCCAUCCUGAUGUUGAAACAUGGAGCUAACUAAAGGAGUACUUGUAAUGCUUUAUGCACUAAUGUUUACAAGAAAUCAUUUUGUAGAACACAUGGACAGUGGAAAUGUAAUCAAGGAAAUAUGCUCUCUGGAGAAAGCACAGCUUAGUUUGCUUGUAUGUCAGCAACCUCCCAAAAUGCUGUUAGAAAUAUUCCUAAGAUGUUUGUGCAAAGUUCAAUAUUCACCCAAAGGUCAUAUAAAAAUAUAAAUGGGACAGAUUAAAAAUAAAAGAGAAAAAUCAUUGAUACAAAAAUAGGAUUUAGAGAAGAAACUGUUAAAACUUAUAAUUCCAAACAUCUAAUGUAUAUAAUUAAUUUGAUCUCAGUGGAAAAACGGUGACCAAGCAAAAUAGCAACUUUUUAUUCAAUUGCGUACUGAUCCAUUAAUUUUUUUCUUACAGCACAGGCCUUGAACUUGUUUUAAGAAAAAUCAAAUUUUAGCAUAAAUAAAAUUAGCACUCUAAAUGUUGGAUUAAAUUUUAAAACUUUUGAUUUUGUCUUGUAGUUUUUCCAAACUUAUUGCUCCUUUUUUCCAAAUAUCUCAAAAAUGUUUUUUACUUGUUUGUGUUUGAUUUGCUACUUAAGUUAAAGUAUGUCAGCUAUCUUUGAUCUGACAAGAAUUUAUUUGUGUAUUUUUAAUUUCUUAACUGAUUGUGUUUUAUGACCAAGUCUCCUAAUACUGCAUUAUAAUUUCUUUACAGCAAUAAGUAUUUCAUUCCUCAGUUUCACUCACCAGAGCCUGCAGAAGUAACUUAUUCAGGUAAUAAAUAGCUGGCAUCUGAUGUUUCCUUAAAGCAUAUUUCCAUUCAAUAUUAGAUAUCAUUCAUAUUUUUGAAAUGUAAUGUUCUACUUUUUUCUAAUAAAAUCAAGGGAAAAUAUUAAAUAACUCUCUUUAUUAAAAAUGAUAAACUGUAAAAGUGCUGUGCCCCCUCCUCCAGUUCUGAAACUGCCCAAAAAUCUCAUCACACUAAAUCUUACUGAUCCCACAGUGUAUCUUUCCAGCAUAUCUGGAGGGGCCUAUUUGCACUGCUGAUGAUGUAGCUAUAACACAUAACGUUCUAAGGGGAGUGAUUUUUAAAAAAUUUUGAUGUUCCCAAUUCCAACCCUGUACUUCAUCAUCUGUCUCUUACAAAGCCUCCUCCAGUUGGGCAUGCAUAAUAUUGUGGUUACCCCAGGGGUGAAAUGUAAAACUUGUUACUACCGGUUUGGUGGGCGUGGC